AUGGAUGAUGAAGAGAAGGAUAGGUAUAAUGCUUGUGUGACCAGCGUGAGGUUCUCAACUGGCAAUGAAUUCUUAAUUACUGCUCAUUUUGAUGGCUACCUUCGAGCAAGCUUCUUCGGUGUGUCUCUUAUGGAGAUGGGAAUACGCGUUGCUCGUUGGAUAUGUCAUCCGAUGGCCGCUUCAUCGCGUUUUCUCAAGCGGACAAAAGUCAGCGUUUGGAACAUUGGACAACUUCCUGAUGCCGAGCCACAAUAUACAUUACUGGCAACAAAUGACGUUUACAAGGUUGCGAUAUCUCCCAACACCGAGCAUAUCGCUGCGAGGUGCACGAAUGGCUCAAUUUGUGUUUGGAGCGCGAAAACAGGGUUAACGAAGGAGCUGCUGGAGUUAGAGGGUCACGAUGACACUGUCCUCUCCAUUUCUUUUGCGCCAGACGGCCAACAUCUUAUCUCCAGCAGUAUGGAUGGAACCGCCAAGAUGUGGAAUAUUGGUUCGGCGGCGAAGAUAUAA